GCGGGCGACAAUGCCGGCGGUCGAUUACGUCUGGAAUGGGCCGAUGAUGACCAGGUCAGCGUCGAGUCAACAGGGGAAGGAUGACGUUCAGCAUCGUCCGCCGUCGACGAAUCAGUGCACAUGGGCGAAUGACAUUCUGGCGAUGACGAUUCGGACCCUGGGUGACAUUGACGCCGUACAGACGACAUCCGCAGAGGAAUCUGCAUAUGCGACGGAUCAUAACCCGCAUAGCUGGGGUCCGCUGAAGGGUCCGGGCCCACACCCGCAGCGCACGACAUGAACGGAGUCAUGGGUAUAACGGCGAAAUGAAAAGAUGAUGACUCGCGCGGCGGGCUCAAAGCGAGGCAGGAAAUGGCGGCG